UGAGGGCAGGGCCCGGCCCCGCCUCCCUCCCUCCCUGGGGCCCGCACGUCCCUCACGUUCGGCGGGGACAUGGCGGGGGCCGGCGGCGAGGGCCCCGACAGUCCCUGGCCCGGGCCGACGGGGGCAAUGGCGGCGACGGCGGCAUGAGGCUGGUGCGGUGCCUGCGUCGGGCCGCCUCAGCGGGGCCGGGCGCCCUCAGCUCCGUCCCGGGGCAGGUGGACUUCUACUCGCGCUUCUCGCCGUCGCCCCUCUCCAUGAAGCAAUUCCUGGAUUUCGGAUCUGUGAAUGCUUGUGAAAAGACUUCAUUUAUGUUUCUACGUCAAGAGUUGCCUGUAAGAUUGGCAAAUAUAAUGAAAGAAAUAAGUCUGCUUCCUGACAACCUUCUCCGAACACCUUCAGUGCAACUGGUGCAGAGCUGGUAUAUCCAAAGUCUUCAGGAGCUUCUUGAUUUUAAGGACAAGAGUGCCGAAGAUUCUAAAGCUAUUUAUGAUUUUACAGAUACUGUGAUAACAAUCCGAAAUCGACACAAUGAUGUCAUUCCUACCAUGGCCCAGGGUGUGGUUGAAUACAAGGAAAGCUUUGGUGUGGAUCCAGUGACCAGUCAGAAUGUGCAGUAUUUUUUAGAUCGUUUCUACAUGAGUCGCAUAUCAAUUAGAAUGCUGCUCAAUCAGCACUCUUUACUAUUUGGUGGAAAAAAUAAAGGAAGUGCAGCUCAUCGCAAACACAUUGGAAGCAUUAAUCCGAACUGCAAUGUUGUUGAAGUUAUUAAAGAUGGCUAUGAAAAUGCAAGGAGUCUGUGUGAUUUGUAUUACAUUAACUCUCCUGAAUUGAAGCUCGUAGAGCUAAAUGCCAAAUCACCAGGACAGCCCAUGCAAGUGGUAUAUGUGCCAUCCCAUCUCUAUCACAUGGUGUUUGAACUUUUUAAGAAUGCAAUGCGAGCUACCAUGGAGCACCAUGCAGACAAAGGGGUUUACCCCCCUAUCCACGUUCAUGUCACACUGGGGAAUGAGGACUUGACUGUGAAGAUGAGUGAUCGUGGAGGUGGGGUUCCUCUGAGGAAAAUUGACAGGCUCUUCAACUAUAUGUAUUCAACUGCACCUCGACCUCGUGUUGAAACAUCCCGAGCUGUGCCCUUGGCUGGCUUUGGCUAUGGUUUGCCCAUAUCACGUCUUUAUGCACAGUAUUUCCAAGGAGACCUGAAACUUUAUUCCUUAGAGGGAUAUGGUACGGAUGCAGUUAUCUACAUUAAGGCCCUGUCGACAGAAUCGGUGGAGAGACUUCCCGUGUAUAACAAAUCCGCUUGGAAACAUUAUAAAACCAAUCACGAAGCAGAUGAUUGGUGUGUGCCAAGUAGUGAACCAAAGGACAUGACCACGUUUCGCAGUGCAUAG